CACUUCUUUUGCUCGGAAAUAUCCGUCAAAUACUAGCAAUAAUGGUUUAUGAACCAGAAGUAUACCAUCUGACUCCCAACAAAGGAGCCCCGAACAGUGACAAACCCGUGUUGAUCUAUCGAGAUUGCCUGCCGCUGCCAAUAUCCGAGGAGAAAACCACCGAGUUUCUCGAAUCGCACGCCUGGGUAAAAAAGGGAACUUGGGGCCAUAUUGACGUUCGCCACUUUCACCCAAACACCCACGAGUGCUACGGUGUCUUCCAAGGCGAAUCAACAAUUCUCGUUGGCUGUGGCGGAAUUGACCCCGACGAUCAUGGCACCAAAAUUGAUGUCUCGGUCGGAGAUGUAAUUGUCCUGCCUGCUGGUACUGGGCAUUGUAAUUUGCAGAGUACCCAGGACUAUCGAUAUAUCGGCGUCUAUCCAGACGGCGCUCCCCCGUGGCGUAGCGAGUUGGGCAAGGAACCAAUCGAUCUUACCGAGAUGAGGAAAGAGACUGGGUCUGUCCUACUACCAGCGGAAGAUCCAGUGAAUGGCGCAAAUGGACCCUUACUGAGCUUAUGGACCCAAAACAAGGACAGUGUCUAGACUAUGUCCUCGCACAAGGCCAGCAUUGAACUCAAUGUCACGAUACCUAUUGAAUCCUCAAGACAA